AACUGAAAAAGGGUUAUUAUUUGCAAAUUACAACUUCUCCACUCAUCUCCCUGAUUCUGCUUUUACCGCCCCGACUGCGCACUACAUAGCCAGAGGGAAGAAGGCCCUAAUUUCCGAGUGAAAAAGAAGCCACAAUGACCAGAAGGCGCCUUCGCCUGAGCUGGUCUUCCGACGAAGACUUGGAACACAACUCUCACUGUCCUGAUUCCUCCCCCACCUCUCUUCAGCCUCUCAUUCUCGACAAUCUCAACUCUCAUUUUAAUCCCAACGUUUCUGAACCCCUCCAAGUUCCCGAUUCCGACGACGAGGAACAAGAUUUUAUCGACGUCUCCGACCAUCUCUCCCCUCCCUCUGCGGAUUCUGAUCAUUCUCUCCCUCACUCGCCCGACCCGAACCCGCUCAGUCCUGCUGUCGCUUCCACCCACCCGCCGUGUCCUGUAAGCGACUUCCUUCGAGGAUUUGGUUUAAGCUUAAAGAGAGAGUGGCUGCAUGCCUGUAUCCGUUCCCUACAAGGGUUUGUACCAGGUUUUUUCAGCCUCAACCCUGCGGAAAAAGGAAAGCUGUGUUUCGAGCAGUUCUUGGUUUCUGAUAUGAAUUACACGGGUGCUGGUGUCCUGCCUCAAAAUGUUGAUUCUAUGCAUCUCGUUGAUCUCCCUGGUCCGUACGUACUGCAGGUCGAUGAGAUAGUUAACAUCAGUUGUGGUCUAAAAGGUAGAUAUCAGACUGCCCCUGCCAAUAUUAAGAGGUGCCUUAAACUGUCCAUGACGGAUGGUGUUCAGCGAGUUUUUGGCAUGGAAUACAGGCCUAUCAGGGAUCUUGAAGUUUUGGCACCUGCUGGGUUGAAGGUAGUAAUCUGCAAUAUAAGUGUACGACGUGGGCUUCUAAUGCUUGUACCUGAAGCUUUUGAGGUUCUUGGAGGCCUGGUUGAGGAAUUGGAGGCAGCUCGGAAACGGCUUGUUGACGAAGUGAGCAAGCCACCUAGAGGAAGGAGAACGAGGACGGGCGUGGUUCCUCCUUUGGCAAGUAGAGCAACACAUGCUGCAUGGCCAUCAGACAAUGUUCAAGAUCCUGGGCAUCCUAGCAGAGUAGUGGAUACUGAACCUUCUCGUUCAGACCAAGGUGUUGGCAUGUUCCAUAGGGGAAAUGAAACAUUUACUGCUCCAGUUGGUGAUGCAUUUACUACUCCUGUCAGAAGAACAAAUGCUCAUUCUGAGUUAUCUUCUAAUUUUGUUUCAAAUGUUGAGGAGAUUCAUUCACAUUCCGUUCCCAGUGGUGGAGCUAGUACCGAGCCUACUAUUGUAUCCAAUUCAGUUGAGGACACCAAUGUGGUCAAUCCGAUCGAUGACACCGAUACAUUCAAUUCAGUAGACGAUACCAAUACGGCCAACUUGGAAGAGGAUACCAUUAUGGUCGAUAUUGAGCAUCCACUCAUUCUAUCUGGUGAUAGAGAAAUUCCUUUCACUUACUUGGCUAGUUUGUCGGCUAAGUGGGCAGCAGUGAAGGAAAAGUCUCCAUCAGUUCGUGGAAAAAUCAAGUGCUUUUUGACUGGUGUAAAAGGAUUUCAAUUCAAGCAAAGGGCAACAUACGAGCUACAUGUGUAUGUUGAUGACGGCAGCCUCAUUUCUGAGAUCCUCAUUGAUCACGAGGUUGUGCUAAAAGCGAUUGGCCAUUCUCCCAAGGAUGUUACAGAUGCUCUCGAUUCUUCUGAUGUCAAAGUCGUGAGUGCUAUGAAGGAGACCAUGAGACAGUUCCAAAUUUUCUUGGUAAAUUUUGAGGGUACAAUGCUGGUUGAGAUGAAUAGAACGUCUUUUCUGCCAGUUGUCCUUGAGAUGGCGGAGGGUUGUUUGGAAUCUGAUGCUCAGUUGCUUUUGAGAAGACUCACGUGUUCAAAUGCUAUUCGAACUGAUGAAUAGAGCUUGAUGGGCGGGCCGCGGAUUCGCACAAAAUCAUAUGUUUCCGUUUGGCGAUAAUUGCAAGCACAAAAUCAAUGGUUUUAUAGAUCAUCAACACAGCAGGAAAUGAAGUCGAUUUUUUCCUGGAAGCUUUACUCAGCCCAGUUGUCAGAGGAGAGCCGAAACUGAUCGACAUUGGUAUUCUUGUACUGGGACGUUCAUUUUUAAGAAAUCUAUCAGGUUAAUAUCCAUGGCAAAGAGAUAGUUAAACAGCAAUCAACCCGAUUGCUGACUGGAGGGGAGUAGCAAAGAUUUUAGGGAAUGCUACGAAUGCUUCUCCUACAAGCACUGUGACAUUCUAUAUUUAUUCAAUCUUUCAAACGUCCUCUGUUGUCCAUUAUGUACAUGCUCAUAGUAAUUCUAGUUAUGAAAAUACCCGAGAUUGGGACAAGAUAUGCUUCUAAUAAGUUUGUUAGUCAGUCGAUGUCUAAAUAAAUACGUUUCUUUUGGUUCACAAUCUUUCUGGUCAGCUACAAUUUGGGAUAAAUGUUAUCGCAUUCAAACGUAAGUUCAUCUGUCGCAUCUAGGUAUCUUUUUUCUCUUAAAAUUCUACGGAAGAUUUUGUUUGAAGAUUGAGAUUCUUUAGACGUCAAAUUGUGUCGACACACAACACAGUUAUAGCUUAUAAAACUAGGGGAAAAUGAAAAAAAAAAAGUGUUUGUUUCAUUUACAAGGAUGUCCAAUACUAGUUCUGUUUAGCACAACCAAACGAGAAAAAAAAAA